AUGAAGUUCUCUGUCGCUGCUGCUUCCUCCUUCAUCGCAGCCACUGUCGCAGCCACCCUCCCAGAGGCCUUCACCUUAGUCGCAGAGGGCGGAUACACUGUCCUCACUGAUGGAACCAAUGCCUUUAUUGGCGCCGACGCGACCACCCAUCCCAUCCUCCUCUUGAGACCAGCUAGCAACGGCAUGGUCAGCUACACAGCACAAGACCAGACCCCGACCGGCUGGCAGAAUCUGUACGUCGUCCAGGACACCAACGAGCCUAUUGCUUUGACUGUUCCUCAUUCGGGCGCCACUCCUGCCGGAGCCAACCUGACCGGCUUUGGGGUGAAUGACGAGGGAUACUUCACCGUUGGGGGGGAGACUCUAUUCGGCGUGUUGGCUGAUGCUGGAGAGAGCAAGGAGGUUUACUGGGUUGGUGGGGAAGACGGCCAGUUCCAGAAUGCCCCUCUUUGGGUGAAGGAGUGUAAGGGCUGCUAA